AUGAUAAUCAGCAUUAGUGUGCCGUCAAAGCCAGAAGCUAGCGACACCAAGGCUGGGUCGUCGGUGGUCACUCCGGGAGAGCUGAUCACGGACGAUCCGACGUGGAUGCGCGGCCACGGGACGUACUUUCUAAACGACAAGACAUACUCUUCAGUCGCAGGAACCGUUCUCAAGGUGAACAAGCUGCUGAGCGUGGUGCCCUUCAAAGGCAGAUACUCACCAGAAACGGGAGACCAUCUGGUGGGCAGAAUUAUCGAUGUUGGACAGAAAAGAUGGAAAGUGGACAUCGGAGGUGAACACGACGCGGUGCUUAUGCUGGGAUCGGUCAACCUGCCCGGAGGUAUUUUGAGAAGGAAAUCCGAGAGCGACGAGUUACAGAUGCGUAAUUUCUUAAAGGAAGGCGACCUGCUAAACGCCGAGGUGCAAUCGCUGUUUUCGGACGGCAGCGCCUCCCUGCAUACGCGCUCGCUGAAAUACGGAAAACUUCGAAACGGCGUGUUUGUUGCGGUGCCUUCAAAACUGAUUGUGAGAGCGAAAAACCAUUCUCACGACUUGCCCGGGAAUGUGAGCAUCAUUUUGGGUGUCAACGGCUACUGCUGGAUCUACAAAACUCCGCUUUCUUCUGCUGCAGAUCACUCUGCUUCCACCGCUAAGACUAAUGCAGAGUUGUCUUCUGCGGCGUCCGGUAAUUAUCAGCCCGGGCAAGGUAGUGUAUCUAUCACGAGAUUGGAACAGGAGUCCUCCUGGGACAUAUACAGCGACAAGAACGACGCGCUCUCGGCCAGCAUCAAGGACACCAUAUCGAGAUACAAGAACUGUCUGCUGAGCUUGAGCCAGUGCAACAUCGGAAUCAACGAGAUCCGGCUCGUGCGGGCCUACGAAAUUAGUCUGGGGUACGGCGAUACAAACUUACUAUUUCGGGAAGAGGUUCGGCAGUCGAUUGGCGAGGACGUGAUCGCGCAAGAAAAAAUGCGAGGGGCAGGGUAA